AUGGGCGCCCGCGCGCCACUCGUGACCGCCGCCCCGGUCGCCGUGGGCGCGGGGACGCCCGUGCUGCCGCCGCACCUGAUGGGUCGCCCUCUCGUGCAGCCGGCCGCCCCGCCGGCCGGCACGGGGGCGCCGGUGUACCCUGCCCACCUCGCGCCGCUUCUUCAGCAGCAGCAGCGCCACGCGCCGGCGCAGCAGCAGCAGCCGCCGGCCGCGCCGGCGCCGGCGUCUGCGGCGGCCAUGCACCUCCCGCAGCACCUCCGUGUGGCCCCGCAGCAGCAGCAGUUUCAGCAGUAUCCGCAGCAGUAUCCGCAGCAGCAGUAUCAGCAGCAGCAGCAGCAGUACCAGCAGUACCAGCAGCAGCAGUAUCAGCAGCAGCAGCAGCAGCAGCAGCAGCAGCCACAGCAGCCACAGCAGCCCGCCUCCGCCGCCGCUCCGCCCGGCUGGCCGCUGGGCACAGCACCCCCGCGGCCCGCAGCGGCGGCCGCCCCCGCGCCGCCGGCGCCGCCGGCCCCUGCCGCCGCCGCAGCAGCAGCGCCCGCGCGGCCGGCCAAGAAGAAGAAAGAGAGGGCGGUGGAAUGCACCGUCUGCUUCCACCCGGCGGAACAGCAGGUGCUGCUGCGGCCCUGCAAACACCUGGAGUUUUGCGAGGGCUGCAUCCUGAGCGUCGAGGCGCAGGCCAAGGGCGCGGGGCGGCCGCUCGAGUGCCCGAUCUGCAGGCAGACGGUCGAGUCGUGGAUCAAGAUUUUCCGGAACGAGUACAAUGUGACGGGCCUCUGCAACCGCAGCUCUUGCCCUUUGGCCAACAGCCGCUAUGCCACCAUAAAGGAGGACAAGGGGCGCACCUACUUGUACCUCAAGACAGCAGAGCGGGCGCACACGCCGAAGCACCUGUGGCAGAAGAUCCGGCUCAAGAAGAACUACAUGCAGGCGCUUGAGCAGCUGGACCAGCACCUGGCGUACUGGCCCAAGUUCCUGGUGCACAAGAACAAGCAGCGGCUGACCAAGAUCACGCAGUACCUCAUUCGGAUGCGGAAGCUGGCCCUCAAGGCGCGACCAAAGCUGGUCACAAUGCCCAAGAGGACCGAGAAGAUGGAGAGGCGGCGCGAGGCCAAGGCGGAGACGGCCGCGCGGCUCGACAAGAGCAUCGAGUCUGAGCUGCUGAAGCGGCUGCAGGCGGGCACCUACGGGGACAUCUACAACUUCCCCCUGAAGCAGUACGAGAAGGUGCUUGACAAGGAGGAGAUGGAGCAGGAGGAGGAGGAAGAGGAGGACCUGGAUGUCGAGGAGUUUGUGGAGGGGGACGACGAGGAAGAUGAGGAGGAGGAGGAGGUUGAGUAUGUCGACGAGGACGACGUGCAGCUGGAAGACUCAGAUCUGGAAGAUCUGGGGGCGGAGGACGACGAGGAGGACGAGGAGGACGGCAGCGACGGCGACGACGAUAUGGAGGAGCGGUCCAGCGGGGAGGGGGAGCCGGCGAGCGGUAGCGAGGAGGAUGCGGGCGGCAGCGGCGGCGGCAGCGGCGACGAGGAGGACGGGGACGAAGGCGGCGCCGCCGCGCGGCGGCGGCCCGCGGCGCCGGCGGCGGGCAAGCGGAAGCGCGGGGCGGCGGGCGAGGCGGCGGCGGCGAAGCAGCCGCGGGGGCGGCAGCCGGCGGGGCGGCGGCGGCGGAACAUCGAGAUCGAGUACGAGGAGGAGCGCGAGGACGUGCGGCAGCGUCACUAG